AUGUUCUUAUGCAUUGUUUUUUACCUCGUUUUACAUCUUAUUCCUUCUCGUUCGUUGCUAGACAAGAGUUUGCGAGGCACUGGCAACGUGCGGCAAAUGACCUCUCAGAGCAACCGGUACCUCUUUGGAAACGAUUUCGGCUGCAUUGUGAGGGAGAACCAGAGAGAGAAGCCAUGGUAUGGGCUGGAUUGGAAGGACUGCCUGAAUGACCAGACAGCGUAUGUGGUCUCGGCGGGAGGUUCAUUUCUCCUCUUGUUUGCGUUUGGUGCGCUUUGCAUUCGCGUGAACGAUGCGUGCCUUCUCGUCGACCGCAAAGGCCCCUGCUGCCGCUGCCUUGGCGAGCAUGAGGCCGCCUCUCUUCAGUAUCGGCAAUCCAGUGCCUCACGAGCGCCAAUAUAA